UUAAAAAAAAUCAAAGUAAGGAGUAGUUAAAAGAAUUGCAUAUAUACAUGAAUCAUUGCAACUCCAAAUACAGUCCAAUCAAAAAAUGGAAUUACCUCUUAUCUUCUCCAUAACUCUCACUAUUGUACUAUCUAUCUUUCUCAUCUACAAACGCCCCCGCCACCGCCUCCCGCCGAGCCCCGCCGUGCCUCUCCCAAUCCUCGGCCACCUCCACCUCCUCAAACAACCCCUCCACCGCACUUUCCACCGCCUCUCCCAAUCCACCGGCCCCAUCUUCUCCCUCAAGCUCGGCCUCCGCCGCGCCGUCGUCGUAUCCUCUCCGGCUCUCGUCGACGAAUGCUUCACCAAAAACGACGUCGCUUUGGCCAACCGCCCCAACAUCAUAAUCGACGAGUACAUCGGCUACAACCACACCACCAUGUCCGGCGCCCCCUACGGCGAUCUCUGGCGCAGCCUCCGCCGCAUCGCCGCCCAGGAGGUCCUCUCCGGCGCCCGGCUCACCGCGUUUUCCGAAAUCCGGCAUGACGAGGUGAAAUCGAUGCUGCUUAGCCUCAUGGAGAAAGAGACACAGCAACAAAAAAAAUCGUUAAGUGAAAAAGAGAGUCGAGGGUUUUCGGAGGUAGAGCUAAGGCCAAGGCUGUUGAAGCUGUCGUUUAACAACAUGAUGAGAAUGCUGGCGCCGAAUAAUCGAAAACCGAGAUAAAUAACUUCGCUUAGGGUGCAUGCAUUUUUUUAUUUAUUUAUUUGGAAAGUGUGUUGAUUUAUGUGUUAUUUUAAUUCUAAAGGUGAUAUCUCGCAAGGGAA